AUGGAAAAAGGUGGAGGAGGUGAUCAACUAGAAGAUUCUCCACAAAUUAUAAUACCUCAUUCUAAAUUAACAACACCCCAAAUCCCGCCUUUACGACUUAACGAUGAACCAACAACAUUAUCACAAUCUUCUCAUCUAUUAGCUAAUCAUAAACAACAAGGCCAACGCCAGUCUAUUUUUAGACAACAAAGCAAAGAAGUACCAUCACUCGAACGUUGCCCUUGUUGUAAUAAUUCACCUUCCUCCUCAACUUUUGAAAGGCAACACAAUAUAAUAUCUUCUUUUACUUCAACAACACAUAAUGUUCCACAAAUUCAUAUUGAACAUGGAUGGACAGAAAAUGUUGAGGAAGGGAUUGGGACAGUUGGAAGUGAUGGAGAAUUACUUCCUCAAACGAGUGAUUCUCAAGGGAAACCUCCACCAAUUAGAAGAAGAUAA